CAAUAGUAGGGGCUUAACAUGGGCAGCUAAGUAGUGUCUGGCUAAUAUAAAUCAAAGGAUACAGCUGUUGCGUGUCGCUGUUAAACUCGGAUGUUUUUGAAGUACGAAGAGCUACUCGGCUACCAUAUUAUUCAGCCGAGGAUUGACGUCUUUUGCAAAUUUUACGCUGUUUGGUUUGUCUUUUUGUGUGACUAAGUAACAUUAGCUUGUUAGCUAGCUACCGUUAAACGUCAUUCAGACUGUUACUACGCUGCUAGCGUCGCUUUGCAUUGGCAUUCGUUAGCUUGUUUGACAGCUACAGCAGCCAGAAUUAACCAAGUUGUCACCCAGAGACGACACACUUUAGUUCCGCUGGGUGUGUGUGAGUUUAUUUAUGCUACAAACAGGGUGACUCAACAGGAACUGGAUGUGUGGCGAUAGAAAUAGCAGCAGCUACAGCUAGCAGACUGUUAGCUUGUCAACAUCAACAACAAUGGGGUUUAAAAGGUGUUUAAAGACGGCAAGGACGUUUUAUUUAGUGACCAUUCUGCUGAUAGUCUUCGUCAAAGGAACGACAGCUGACGAGGAGCAACACGGGAACGAAGGACCAGAGCUAAAGUCUUACCAUGACCCAGACUCUGAAGAGGAAGACGUCCGUCUGGUGUCAGAAAUUGUGGCUGGUGCUUCUGUGACCUCUGGUCAUGAAGCCCCUCAGCCAGAGGAGGAGAAGAAGCUACCUGGUGAAGGACUGGAGGGAGAGGAGAAGGAGGACCUGCCUGAGCAGCCUUCUCCAGUUGAGGAGAAACCAAAAGAGGUUCCUGUGGUGAAUGGAGGUACGGCCCAUGGAGAGCCCUGCAUCUUCCCAUUCCUCUUCCAGGGGAAGGAGUACUUCGACUGUACCACUGAUGGACGGGGUGAUGGACGGCUGUGGUGCGCCACAAUCUACGACUAUGACCAGGAGAAGAAGUGGGGUUUCUGUGAGACGGAGGAGCAGGCACAGCAGAGGCUGCAGGCCGAGGAGGCUGAGGAGCAGUAUCAGACUGUGCUGCGCAUGCUCAAUGCCACCACCAGGAGGACCCAGAAGAAAGAAUUAUAUGAAAAGCUGCAGAAGGUAGCAGAGAAGGGCCACCAGAAGGCCAUGGAGAAGGUGGCGUACGCCAUGCUGUUUGGAGACUACAUGAACCAGAACAUCACCAAGGCCAGAGAAAUGUUUGAGAAGCUCGCCAUAGAGGGCUCGCCUAAAGCACAGACGGCUCUUGGCUUCCUGUACGCAGCAGGACUUGGAGUUAACUCGAGUCAGGCUAAGGCCUUGGUUUACUACACCUUCGGCGCACUGGGUGGAAACUUGGUCGCUCAUAUGAUUCUGGGGUACAGAUACUGGGGAGGUGUUGGUGUUCCUCAGAGCUGUGAGUCAGCGCUGACACACUACAGGCUCGUGGCAAAUCAGGUGGCCAGUGAUGUGUCCCUGACAGGGGGCUCAGCGGUGCAGAGGAUCAGGCUGCUGGAUGAAGUGGAAAAUCCAGGAUCUACCAGCGGGAUGUUGGAGGAGGACUUGAUCCAGUACUAUCAGUUUUUGGCGGAGAAAGGAGACGUACAGGCUCAGGUGGGGUUAGGUCAGCUCCACCUGCAUGGAGGACGUGGAGUAGAACAGAAUCAUCAGAGGGCGUAUGACUACUUCACCCAGGCUGCAAAUGCGGGGAACACACACGCUAUGGCUUUCCUCGGCAAGAUGUACUCAGAAGGCAGCGAGUAUCUUCCUCAGAACAACGAGACAGCCCUGCAGUACUUUAAGAAAGCCUCUGACUUGGGUAACCCAGUGGGACAGAGCGGCCUUGGCAUGGCCUAUCUAUAUGGAAGAGGUGUCCCUGUGAACUAUGAGCUGGCACUGAAAUACUUCCAGAAGGCAGCAGAGCAGGGCUGGGUGGACGGACAACUCCAGCUGGGCACCAUGUAUUACAAUGGCAUUGGUGUGAAGCGUGAUUACAAGCAGGCGCUUAAAUUCUUCAACCUGGCCUCGCAGGCAGGUCACAUCCUGGCCUUCUACAACUUGGCCCAGAUGCACGCUACUGGUACUGGUGUGAUGCGCUCCUGCCACACUGCUGUGGAGCUUUUCAAGAACGUGUGUGAACGUGGCCGCUGGUCAGAGCGUCUCAUGACGGCCUACGGCAGCUUUAAGGAGGGCGAGACAGAUGCUGCGCUGGUCCAGUAUCUGCUGCUGGCUGAGCAGGGCUACGAGGUGGCUCAGAGCAACGUGGCCUUCAUUCUGGAUCAGAAAGGAGCAAAAAUCUUCAGUGAGAAUGAGACCUACCCUCGUGCUUUACUCCACUGGACGAGAGCUGCAGCACAAGGUUACACUGUGGCAAGGAUAAAACUAGGGGACUACCACUUCUACGGCUACGGGACAGAUGUGGACUAUGAGACGGCGGUCAUCCACUACAGACUGGCUUCAGAGCAGCAGCACAGUGCCCAGGCCAUGUUUAACCUGGGUUACAUGCAUGAGAAGGGUCUGGGAAUCAAACAGGACAUCCAUUUAGCCAAGCGUUUCUACGACAUGGCCGCUGAAGCCAGCCCUGAUGCCCAGGUCCCGGUUUUCUUGGCCCUGUGCAAGCUGGGCCUGAUUUACACUCUGCAGUACCUGCAGGAUCUUAAUUUAAAAGAGCUGAUUUCUCAGGUGGACCUGGACCAGCUCCUGGGCCCGGAGUGGGACCUCUACCUCAUGACCGUCAUCGCCCUGCUGUUAGGCACAGUCAUCGCCUACAGGCAGCGCCAACACCAGAUCAUAGUUCCCCCUCGCCCACCUGUCCCAGCCCCGGCCCCGGCCCCGGCUCCGGCCCCUGCGCCCCCUCCUAGACCACCUCAGGAACAGUCACAAGCCCCGGCCGAGCCCCAGGGUCAGGGAGAGACACAAGCCCAGGAUCCAGCCCAGGAGGAAGAGGAGCAGCAGUGAGAGGAAGCCAGACGCAGUGAGGGCAGUAAAAGACAGACGAGGCUCUGCCAGCCCGCCCCCGGGGAGCGGCCGGUGCUUACCAGCUGAAUACCUGCUAGUUUGAGCACCUCUCCGGCUCCACAUGCUAAAAGAAGACUAAGAUGGCUGCUGAACUGUGCAGUCUCACACCUCCCUUUCUCCAUUUAAAACAUGCUGGUCCUGUGCUGAAGAGAGACAGUGGGGGCGUUUAUGGACAGUGGUACAGAGCCGAGCGUUAAGAGGAUAACACAGACUUGGGACUUGCUAGUCUGUGACUCAGGAUACUGCCAGAAGCACCCGUGUCCUCACAGUGGAAACAGCCUUGUGUUUGCCAGAUCAAAUGCAUUUUUGGACUUGACUAAUCAACAUAGUCAACAUAGUUGGAUUCUAAUAUGUACGUUAGUUUCUUCUCACUCUCCCUUUUUGAGAAAAUCACACUCAGUGGAACUGCUUCCACCCUGAUUUAGUGCAGUAUUUAGAGGAAAAAAGCAGACAGGAAAAAAAAUGACUUCAAAUAAUUUUAUUAGCUGCCCCCGGUCGGAAGAGAGUCAUGUGUUUGCACGUUUUCUUUCAUCAUUUUCAGACGUACAUUUUAGGCACUUUUUUCAGAUUCUUGAGUGAACAAAUUUUCCAUACAUUUUUGCAUUAAUUAGUUAUUUGUUCAGGGGAAAUGUCAGGUCAAUAUCUUUUCUCAUAACUGCAAUACACUGAGAAAGAUUCAUUAAACAUUGGUAACAGUGCUUAAAUCUACCUAAGCCAUGUCGUGUCAUCAGUGUGAGAACAAGAAAGCUGUUCCUUGAAUCCACAGAAAGCUGUUCUGGAUAGGGGUGGGUGAUGCCACUAAAUCUGCUUUUGAUCCAACACCAAGUAAUGUAGGGUCAGAAUCACAAAUACUAGGGAUGCUAGAUACGGAUAGCCGACCCUCGUUUGAACUGACCAUAGAGUGGUGCAGGAAUGAGUCCUAAAACCCAGAAGGGAAUUAGCAUUUUAGCACUCCCGGUUUUGGUUAGAUGCCUGAAACAAGGUCUGUGGUUCACACAAGCUUAUGAGACCUUCAUAUUUUGUUCUACAGCGUAACAAACUCUCAGUAAAUACCCCUUAUUGUACAUUUUGAAGCCUUUACGUGUCUUUAAAAAGUCAGUUGCUAGCAUUAGCUUUUUUCUUCUGGUGACUGCAUUUAGGCUUAAAAAAAUCACAAGAGUAGUGUUCGUUUGGCGAGAUUAUUUUGCUGAACAAAAACAUUGAUAGAAUCAAACUUAUUUACUGCAAUAAUCCAAAAUCCAAUGGAGAAAUCCUGUAGGCUCUUUGUCAAGGGAACCAGUGCGCUGCUGCCGCUACUGUUAGCUAAUAAGUAGGGGUGGUGGGGGCCGAGCAUGACUUUUUUUUGUUUGUUUGUUUGUUUUUGACUUUUUUCAAUGUGUAAAAUCUCAUUUCAUUGUAGAGCUGCGUGCAAAGUUUUGCUUCGCCCAGCGCCUCCUUUCCCCUCUCUAUCUUGGCACUACUGCUGCUGGAGUUUGAGCUCCACGCCAGGGAUGCUUCGAGUCCUCCUGCCCUGCACACACACACACACACACACACACACACACACACACACACACACACAGUGACAGGGCUAACUGUUAGCAUCACACAGCUAACCUUACCUAACAGGUUUAACAACCAAAUCAAGCUGUUUCGGUGUCAGUGUGAGUUUGUUGGGACCGUUUAACGGCUCGGUGUCAGAUGUUAGCCGCUGCUGCUGUGUUAGCUCCUGCUACCCAGGCAGAAGUUGAACGGACCGCUCUGAUUCCGGUUCACCUCUGCCUCUGGGUGUUUAACUCGCUGAGGCGUGCUCAUGUCCCUGGAGCAACAUCAUGGCAUUUCUCUGAUGGUGCUGACUCCAGUCUGGGCAGCAGCAGCAGCCUCCAUUGUCUCAUCAUCUCCCCCCGUAGUGCCAGUAUAUCCGAUUAUAGUUCCCAAACUGAUAUGGAUACAUUUGAUCAUUAAAGCAUGUCUCAAUCUGCUAAAGUAACAGCUAAAAAUGACCAAUUACAGUUUAAAAAUGUCAAAUUAACCUAUGCUGAGGAUCCUAUUUGACUAAAUAUUAAUUUCACUCCUGUAUACCUGGAUAUUCUUUACUUGAGCCUCUGUGAAACGACUCUACCAGCGAACUCUGUCUCUGUUUUGGGGGUCUGGAUGUUGAGGCAUCUCCCUCCUCCUGCCUUCUUUUCUGUUGCAGCUCCAAGUUCUCUUUCUUGUUCUUUUUUAUUUGUUCAGCCAUCACUACAGUUGCAUGUUGAUUUAAACUAGUCGCAGUGUGCUGUUGUUUGAGUGCACACAAUACGACAACAGCAGUGAAGGAGCGUACGUGCACUGGAUGUGUUCAAGAAACGGAACAUGUUUUACUCCUGAAAUACAACUGAUCCUUUACUUUGGUAUCGAUCCCAUCGAGGCUGGAAUUGAUCUUCAGUAUCUGUAGAUAUUUUGGUAUCACCCCUAGUUCUGGAUAGAUAUGUAAGUUUGAGCACACUGGUUGUUUGUUACAUUUCCAACAAGACAAAGAACGCGAAGCUGCUCAAGUCAGAGUCACUAAGCUGUCACCGAAUCCUCAUCCCUGAUGCAGAUCCUGUUUUAAAAUUCAUACAGACAUUUCUGUCACUCCCCAUGCACAGCGAGAGCAGAGUGCACAAGCUUUUUAAACUUUAAUCUGAAGAGAAAGCGUCAGAAAAACAGAUGUGUGUGAUGUAUACAGUCCAGUGACAGAAAGCAGAGAACAGUUUUUGAAGAUGUUCUAUAUGUUUGUGCGAUAUCUUUCCAUCAUCAGGCUUUGAUUUCAUUCUAGUGUUUUGUCUCUCUACAGUUCCUCUCAUCCGCCUUUUUUUUAGUUUAUUAAGCUUUGUGUCAGCUGAGGCAGAAAUUGGAGCAGCCUUAAAAAAAGCAGCACCUCAAACUCUACACUGUUUCUACGUUAGAGGAAGAGGAUGAAGAUUUCAUGUGUGUGCGUGUGUGUGUGUGUUUUGUAACACAACCUCAGCUGUUGUGAGAAUAUCCACCCCCUCACCAAAAGUCCAACUUGGAGCUCUGCCUACACUUCUCAGCUCAGAUGGACCUGAAUCUGAGAAAUGAAGCCAUGGUUAGGCCGUGCAGUAUUUAUCAAAACCAAAUUAGAAACUUCUGAUUUUGCCACAUUCAGUUUUUUUUUCUCUUAAGUCCAUUUGUUCAGUUCCACAGUGUGUGCUUGUUGUUAGAGCUGAUCUGCCAAUACGUCUGCAUGAAGUCAAAAAAGGACGAGACGAUAAGAAAUGAUUCCAGACCUGCGUUCACACAUCGAUCCCCUCACAGCUCACAGUUUGUCUAAAAUAAAACACUGGUCGAGACGACUGCAUUUUUACCAUCGCAAAUACAAGUUUAUAAAGAAAUGAAUAAAUGAUAUACAGAUAUUUAA